AAGCUAAUUUAUUAAUAUCACUAUAAUAGUUAAGCGGGUAGUUUAAAACUUUUGCUACAGUCAAGUCCGUAGCCGGUAAAAAAAUAUAAAGCAAAACCCGUGUAAAACCCGGCCCGCGAGAAAAAGAAAAAGGGCAAAGCUGAGCAGGGAGGUUGGCUGCUGUCUUCCCCGCCGUUGUAACUGAUCGUCUUCAUUCCCACUGCUUCUUCUCUUCUCUGCAAAACCCUAUUUUUUCUGAAGUUCCAGAAGAACAAUAAUGGCUUACCAUGGAGGCACACUCAAGUCCACCUCCAUUAAUGGCGUUAAAGUAUAUUCUUUGACCGGCCAUCAACGUUCUCUUGCCGCCUGGCUUAACCCCAAGAAACAGCGUGCUCUCCGCAAAGACAAAGAUUAUAUGCAAAGAGUAGAAUUAAUCCAGGACUUGAAGUUUGAAACCGCAACCACCAAAAUCAAGGCCACACCUGAUGGAGAAUUUCUUCUUGCUUCAGGUAUUUACCCUCCACAAGUUAAGGUGUAUGAAUUAAGGGAACUUUCCUUGAAGUUUGAAAGACACUUAGUUUCUGAAAUUAUUGAUUUCCAGGUGUUGUCCGAUGAUUACUCAAAGAUUGCAUUUCUUUGUGCUGAUCGGUCAGUUUGUUUACAUGCUAAAUAUGGAAGUCAUUAUAAUGUGAGGAUUCCUAGGAUGGGAAGGGAUAUGGCAUAUGAUUCUUGGUCCUGCGAUUUGCUCUGUGCUGCCUCCUCGCCAGAUCUUUACAGAAUAAAUUUAGCGCAGGGUCGUUUUCUUGCUCCUCUUACUACUCAAUCUCCUGGAUUAAAUGUUGUAUCUAGAAGCAAUCUUCACGGGUUAGUUGCUUGUGGUGGCGAGGAUGGUGCUGUUGAAUGCUUUGAUACGAGAGCGAGGUCAUCUGUUGGUAGAAUUAAUGCAGUCGCAGCUGCUGAGGAUGACGGUCAGGUAACUGCAAUUGAGUUUGAUGAGGAAGGAGGCUUCCAAAUGGCUGUAGGAAGCAGUGAGGGAAAGGUACUGAUCUAUGAUUUGCGAUCUUCCCAUCCUAUUCGAGUCAAGGAUCACAUGUAUGGAAGCCCAAUUUUGAAUAUCAAGUGGCAUCGGACUUUGAAUUCAGAACAUCCCAAGAUAAUCAGCGCAGAUAAUCACAUUGUCAGGAUUUGGGAUCCUGAGACUGGUGAAGGUAUGACCAAUAUUGAGCCAACAGGUGGCGCAAUCAAUGAUAUGUGUGUAUUCGGUGAAAGCGGGCUAAUGUUGUUGGCUCUAGACUCAAGUCAUAUACCCUCUUACUUCAUUCCUGCUCUUGGGCCUGCCCCCAAGUGGUGCUCAUAUUUGGAAAACUUGACUGAAGAGCUCGAAGAGAGUGCUCAGACAAGUAUAUACGAUGAUUACAAGUUCUUAACCAAAGAAGAACUCGAAAGACUUAACCUGACCAAUUUAAUUGGAACCAACCUUCUUAGAGCUUAUAUGCAUGGGUUCUUCAUUGAUUACCGUUUAUUUAAAAAGGCAAAGGCUAUGGCGGAUCCAUUUGCAUAUGAUGUCUACAUCGAGCAGCGUAAGAAGGAGAAGCUGGAGGCCCUGCAUCGUGAACGCAUAACGAUUAAGAGGAGGCUACCAAAGGUUAACCGUCAACUCGCGGGUACUCUUCUUGAGGACGAAGAGGCUGAAAAUGAGAGGGAAGAUGGUAAUGAUGUUGAUAGAAAGAAAUUCUCCAAGAAAAAGAAGGGGGCAUUGGGCAGUGACAUACUGAAAAAUGAUAGAUUUGCGGCCAUGUUCGCCAAUCCGGACUUUGAGAUUGACGAGAAUUCCGAAGAAUAUAUGGCUCUUCAUCCUAUUGCUCCCCAGAAGCGGACUCGUUUGGAGAAUGAACACUUUGAGCCUAUCAUGGAGGAUGAGAUGAGUUUGAGUGAUGGUGAUGCUUCUGAGGAUGAAGGCAGGCUGGAUAAGAAAUCGCGGGCUCCUAGGUUAUAUGAAGUGAAGGAUGAAAGGCAUGCACAAGCGUUCUUGGAUAGCGUGUCACUUGCUGAUGUGGACGCUCUUCCUUUAGGAGAGAGAGUGGCAGCUUUGCAAGAUGACGAAAUAGCAUCUCGUUUGCCUAGUGGUGUUAAGGUGGGACGAGGAGGGUCGCGAGAGAUUUCCUUUGUUUCUAGAAGUAAAGCCAAGUACCGGGAAGAUGACGACGGUAAAGAUGCACGACGUAAUAAAAGGGGUGUUCAGUCAUUAGGUCUUAAGCCUACAAACUAUGAGAGGAGGAGCCGAGGUGGCAGAGGAGGCGGCAGAGGAGGUAGAGGAGGCGGAAGAGGAAGUCGAGGGAGAGGCCGAGGAAGAGGUCAAUUUUGAGAUUAUAGAGUUUAACUAACUGGUCAAAGCAGAAAAUUUUGUUACUUUUUUUUUACCUUGCAAUUUGUGAUGGUAUUUAUGUCAUUAUGUGUCUAGUAUUAUAAAAUUUGUAAACGAUAUGUGUUAUUUAAAAGUUAAAGCUUACUAUUUUGAUGGAAAUCUUAGUGUGAGUACUGAGUAGUAUGUCAUGUGAAUCAUGUUCAGCAUCAUGGGCAAUACAGUUGCGUUGUACUGAUCUUUAAACGUAUUAGCGUGUUCGAGGAACGAUUGCUUAUGA